AUGCCAACUCCAUCAACAAAAAAGAAAGUGAAAAAGGUUGCUGAAGACCCACUUUCAUCUUCUGGAGUCUCCUCACUUUCCGGAAUUUCAGCUUAUAAUAUUCGGAAAAUAUCUAUUUACAAAAAUGGUGAUCGGUAUCAUAGAGGUGUAAAAUUCGUAAUAAAUCCACGAGUUGUGAAAGAUAUGGAACCAUUGCUCAAUCAAAUAAAUGAUCGAAUUGAACUUUCUCAUGGAGCCAAAAAGUUAUAUACGACUGAUGGAAAAGUAGUUGGUUCAAUUAAAGAGUUAGAGGAUGGAAAGAUUUAUGUGGCUGCUUCGGCUCAAUUUAUUCCAAUGCGAUAUGGAGAGUUUAGUGAAAAAGUUUGGAAGCCACCAAGUCGGAAACAUAGUCCAAUUAUGAGUUCUGAUAGAAUCAAAACUGCAAGAACACGUAGUCAAGACCCAAGUAGAAGGAGACAACCACAGAAUUCUGGAAAUGCAACAGGAACAACGACUCAAAACUCUGGUUCUGGAGUUCAGAGAAGUCGUUCUGUUAGAACUUUGGCAGAAGACCGAAAAUCAAGAAGAGAUAAUUCACAUGAUAUUCGAACAAAUGUAAACGGAUCUACUGUUAAAAAACCAGCCGUCCCCAAGUUCGAUCAACCGCGUCCAAAGGCUCCAGUUCCAAAGCAAUCUAUUCCAAAACCAAGAAAAACUUUGCCUGCAUCAACUACUACUGCCAAGAAACCCCCAACACCAAAGAGGAAAAUUUCGAAGAAAGUUCUAGGAGCAGCAGCCGGAGUUGGUGUUACAGUAGUCGGAGCAGCUGCUCUCGGAGCCGUCGCGGCCGCAUCUAAGAAAACAAAACCACCUACUCCGAAGCCAAAACCAAUUCCUACUGGGGUCUCUGUUAGUUCAACUACUUCAUCUAUAAUGCCAGUACCAAAUGUUGAAUCUGGAGCAGCAGAGAUUCUGGAAUUCCCAGAAGAAGAGAAGAAGAUUGACGUGGCAAUGAUUCAUCGUUCUCCUACUCCUCCUGUUGUUCCAUCAAGAUCUGCAUCUGCGAAAUCGAUUAAGAAACCAGAAACUCCAGCUGCAGACAGGUCAGCAAAGAUUUUGGAGGCUAAAAGUGUUUCACAACAACCAACGCCAGAGGAAAGUUCAGAAGAGGAAGAUGAGGGACAUGAAGACGAUGAAGAUGUGGAAGAUGACGAAGAGGAAGCUGGCUCAGAUGAAGUGGAAGAACCUUCUGAUGAAGAAGAAGGAGAUGAUGAUGAGGAAGAUGAGGAAGAAGAAGAAGAGGAAGAAGGAGAAGAAGAAGACGAAUCUAGAAUUGGAACACCAGCAUCCAGAAAGUCGUCAUCAGCUGUUUCAUCGGCUGGCUCUCAUGAUGACAAGGACAAAGAUGCUAAAAAGUGA